AUGCUGUCGCUCCGCACCGUCUUCGGCGCAUCCUCGGGCACGCUCCGCCAGUUCCUCCCCUCCUUCUCCCGCCACUCCAUCUACAGAGCCGCGUCAUUACGGCCAUUCUCGCAUAUGGUUCGAAAUGGCUUGACGAAGUUGCGCGCCGGACAAUCACAGAGCAACAAUGCCGUCGCCGUGGGCGUGGCGUCCGCCAGACAGAUCGAGCAGGUUCGGGGAAUGAAGACCCGGUCAUCAGUCAAGAAACUGUGUGACGACUGCAAGAUUAUUUGA